UCAGCAGCGACAACCCCAGAGGAAGGAAACUUAUGAGCAGAACCAUAGACAUAGGCCGAGAAAUAGACAUGACGUCGAUGACAGACAUAAUAUAAAGUCGAGCAGAACCAAUGCGGCUUUAAUGGUCCCGGCUGGACUGAGUCAGGACGGGGAUGAUCUCCAGGGUUCCGCCCGCAGCGCUCUCUCUGAAGCAGUUCCUACAGAGGCAGAGAGUUUUGGCUCUUUACCGAAACAUGUUGAGGACCAUCCGCCAGGUUCCGGACGAGGCAGACCGGAAGUAUCUGAGAGACUGGGCCAGGGACGAGUUCAAGAGGAACAAGGACGCCACCAAUCAGGUUCUGCUUAAUGUUGGCCUCUGCGUUUCACAACCACCGAUCUCUAUUAUACACUGGGUUAUACACUGUAAACCCACCAGCCGCCAUAUUGUUCUGUCCUUGGCUCAGGAUGCCAUCCGCAUGAUGAUCACCCAGGCCAGCAACCACCUGGAAGAGCUGCAGAAGUCCCUGGCACUGGCUAGGAGUUGACAUCUGCAUUCUUCAUGUUGCUGCAGAGAACUGUUCAGGACCUUUCUUCAAAGAAGAAAGCCUGGAUUUCAGUUUGGAGCACCAAUUAAAGCUGUGACACUGACAGCUUCAUACUGCACCUGUUUUGGCUCCUGUGUGUCCAUGAAUGAGUCCAACGGAGCGUCUGCCAUCAUGCAUUCAAUGUAAAUUAAAGAGGAAAUGAAGACAGUACAACA